AUGUCGCCAGACUCCCACAACAGCAGCAACAUCCGCGUCUUUGUGCGCUGGCACGAGCAGGUUGUUUUCGCUGGUGAGGAGGUCAAGUGCACAAUCACCUUCAAGAAUGUCGCCCGCGCCCAGGGCAGUUCAUCCCCGCUCUCGACGCCGACGGCGGCCCUGAAACCAUCGUCCCAGUUCUCGCCAACCUCGUCCCGACAUCCGAGUGGUGAGCGCGGUCCGCGCCAGCCAUCACCAUUACACCCCGGAGCCCCCGGCCGUGGGAGGCCCAAUUCUGGUCUUGCGCCACCACUGAGUGCCCGCCAUCACCGUUCCAGCCACUCGCUGUCGGUUCCAUCGGCCGCUUCCCGCGCCAGGACCGGGUCGGUCUCCUGGACGCCACCCCCGGCUCCUCCUGCCCGAACUGAGCCCCAUGGCAACGGGAAUGGAAGCGCCAGUAGAAAUGGUCACGGGCACAAGAGAUCAGUGUCAAUCGUCUCGAUUGGCUCAUUGAGCACCGUCGACGAUGGCCAGACCAUAUUCUCGUCGCCCAAGCCACCAAGGCCGAGGGGCCAUGCACGGGCAUCGAGCCUGCAGAUACUACCCCGCGGAGGACCGCUCAGUGGGCCUCGGUCAGCUACACAUCCCAGAAUACCCGUUUCACAGUCAUCGCCGCUUUUCCAUGCGUCAUAUCCGCCAGAAAGGAGUAUCAACGGCCGCCUUCCGGGCACUGCAACCGCGCCCAAUACACCGAGCGUCGGUUUCCCCCGGCGAUCUCCUCUGUCGCCAAAUCCACUCGCCGAGUUCAAAUUCCCCAUGUCGCCUUCGCCAUCUUCACCGGGAGCGGCAGGAGGGCUAGCAGACGAGGACCCUAUGAGCCCGACUGCAAGCGGGUUACCAGUGCGGACCAAAGAUUCCGUACCCACAAUAAACGAGCAAUGGGUAGCGCCGUCCGCCAGGGUGCUUUCGACCAUGAGCAUAGCCGGCACACCAAGGAGUAGCGGCGAGUUCUACUCGCUCAGCAAUAACUCGUCCGAGACGCUGGCUUCCGAGUACGUGACGCAGCAGCCCUUGCGGACCAAGGUCCGGCCCCAACACAACCGAAGGACCUCAAACCUCCCGUCGAGCGCAGCCAGGCUGCCUGAAACCUUGAUGAUGGGCUACGCACAAAUUCAGGGCUCCUUCACCUUGGACGGCUCGCUCAUAAACCUCGGCCCGUUUGAAGCAGUCAAGCGUAAAGCGGUUGUUGGUGGCCAGGGAGGCGGUGUCGUCGGCUUGGAGACGACGAAGCGCGAUAGCGGGUUGCUGCGCGGGUUCGGAUGGGGCAACAUUACCAGCUCCAUCGGCGAGCUAUUAGGCGGCGGCGAGCUCAGCACCAUCAAGGAGAUGCGCGGCAUCGUGAACUCGAAGGCGAUACCCUUGCUGUCCACGCCGCAGUCGAUCCUGUUCGUCGAUCUGCAACUAGCCCCGGGCGAAAGCAAGGCGUUUGAGUACUCGUUCAAACUACCCAAAGGGCUACCACCGACGCAUCGUGGAAAGGCGAUGAAGAUAUCCUACAGCCUCGUUAUUGGCACGCAGCGGCCGGGCGGCGCCAAGGAGCAGCGCGUCAAGUCCGUUGACAUACCAUUCCGCGUGUUAGGGAGCGUCAACAGCCAUGGCGAGAUAUUAGGCCACGACCUCAUGUCCCCCUACAUUCUGCUGCGCGACCAAGCCCGUGUACAAACUUUCAGCGCCAGCGCCAACACCUCGCAAAAAAACUCGACAAAACAUCGCCCAUCACCAUCUUCCUCUACCCCUUCGACAAUGGCCUCCUUUCUCACCUACGUGGACGACCUCCUCUCCCGCCCACCACCAACCACCUCGUCCCACCCAGGCGCUCUCCUCAGCCCCAGCACGGCGCCUCCCACCCUUCACUCGCCAUCCUCCUCCCGCCGACCCUCGGUAAACUCGAUAUCAGACUAUUACCACCACUACGCUCCACCCCCAACGGCAAAAGAAGCCAUUGACCUCGCCAUCCUCCGCUCCAAUCUCGGCGGCAGCAGCGGCAGCGGCAGCAACAACCAAUCCUCCAAUCGCUUCGAGAUAGCCCGCAACGGCCGCCGCGUGGCCGUCGUCAUGCUCCCGCGCCCGGCUUACCGGCUCGGCGAAUCGAUCACGUGCGUGGUAGAUUUUGAGCGCUCUGAGAUCCCCUGCUACGCGGUGCACGCCGCGCUCGAGACGAGCGAGAAAGUGGAUGCGAGCCUGGCGUUGCGGUCUGAGGCGAGUGUCCAGAGGGUGACGAGGAAGGUUUGGGGUACGGGCAGCGAGACGGUGCUGUUUGCAAGGAGGUGGGUGUUUGGGUGUGGGAUUCCGCUCGGGGCGACGCCUGAGUUUGUCACGAGUGGGGUUGGGUUGGAGUGGAAGGUUAGGUUGGAGUUUGUUGUUCCUGUUCAGCAGCAGCAGCAGCAGCAGCAGCAGCAGGGGCAGGCGCAGCACGUAGGGGAAGAAGGUGGGGAGGCGGAUGAGGAGGGAAGGGAGGAUGGUGAGGAGGGAAGGGAGGAUGGUGAGGCUGAGGGUGAGGGGAUGCUAGUUGGGGUGAGGGAGAGAACUUUGAAGGUGUUGGCGCAGCAGCAGGUGCAGACGCAUCCGCUGUUGGAGGAGAUAUCGAAGGAUGAUCGCGGUGGGCUGGUGCUGGUGGGCGUGGAGAACUUGAUGUGUGAGAGCUUUGAGGUGGCUGUGCCGUUGAGGGUGUACGGCGCCGCGUGUAAUGGGCUGGAGAGGCUGGAGCGGGAUCAGGCCAUGGAGGAGGGUCUGCCUGUGUGA